AUAUACCGGCGAAAUCGGUAAUGAAUCGAUAAGAUCUCCAGUUCCAACAACGAUUUCUAGUUUAAUGGGUAAAAAUAUACAAAGUAUAGACAACAUAAGUUACUCCUCUAUAACUGGUAAUAUAUCACAAAAUUUGAACUCAACAAAACUGCCUGCCCCUUUGCCUCCACAAACACCCAUAUUUGCAAUGGCAUCACUUCGAGGUAAUCAACAGCUACAGCAACAUGAAUCCGCUAAUGUAAUGAUACCAAAAAACAUCAUGAAUUCGUCGUUUUCAACUACGUCAACUAAUUCUUCUCAACCAAAAUCCCAACUUGCAGCCUACGAAAAUAUCCCGAAAGACAUGAUGAGGCAUUACGUACCACCAUCGACUUCGCCACGAAAAUCAUGACAAUUUAAUUUCUAAAAUUAAAUCAAAAAAAUAAAAUAUAAUGAUUUGAAAUGAUUUUACAGCUUUUACAACAACGGCAAAAUCGCACCAUUAUGAUAUUCAAUAAUUUUAAAGUGAUAAAUUUGUAAAUUUUUUUUAGCAUUUUUAUAAGAAAACAACUAAAAAUAUUUCAUUAUUUUUAUAGAGGUAUUCAGGAUGUCUGUGCAUCGUUGUAUGUGCAAAAUUAUUUACAGAAACAAUUCCUUUUCUUAUAACUCUGCAUUUGAUUUGCAAGACAAUAUUCGCGACUAAAAUUUCACAUAAAUUUCAUCUUGCAUAUAUAAUUUUCAAGACUAUUGUGUAUGAUACUACUUUCUUUACUGUUCGCUGGACAAUACUUUAGCAAAACUAUCAACUUUUGUUUGAUUUUGUAAUUUUGUGCAAUUGCUUGAUUUUGUAUUUAUUGUACGUCCAACAAUGUCGGACUAUGUCAAUAUAUUGUGCUUUUCACUUUUUCGGCAUUGUUAAAAUUAUGCAUAUCGAAUCUGUGUUAUAUCUUACAAGUAAAUAAAUACGAAAACAAAAAUCAGCUGUUCUAUAUAUUUUCAGGACUAAUAUGCACAAAAUGUAUUCACAAUUAUUUGAGUUUACAAUGGCGCACAUUCACCGAUGCACAUACAUCCUGUAUACCUCUUAUAAUUGCAAUCUGAACGUAUAAUUGUUUACUAAUUGUUACUAGUUCCCAUUAAAUUUACUACAUUAUAUAAUUUGUAAAAUAAAUAAAAACUUUUUUAU